AUGGUUGUAGCAACAAUACCCUCGGAGCCGCUUGAUGAAACCUUGGAGCUCGAGCUGCUUCACGUCUCCCCCUUCAACCUAAGCUCAAAUGGGGGUGAUGAGGAGGAGGGCAGCACCUCAGAGCACUUCCACCAGUUAGCCCCUUGCCACAGCAAGGGGAGCCCUAGGGCGGAUACUAUUCAUGUGAAUAGUGGCUGCCCUAGCCCCCCAGUAAAGUGUGUUUCCAGCAGUUUAGGCUUGCCAUGGCAAAUACUAUUCAUUUUUUAA